UAUUAAAAAGAGGAGGAGUUUAGGAUAGCCGUUAAAGGCGAGUCCACUUGCCUCUUUCUCAGUGUGUUCAUAGAGGUUGUCAGUCCGCGUAGGCUUUGUGUUGGCUUUGGUUGUUACGGAUUUUGUCGUGAACUAGCCGCUGCAUCUACAUCGAAAUGGCUGAUCAGCUUACAGAAGAGCAGAUCGCUGAAUUCAAGGAGGCAUUUUCGCUCUUUGACAAGGAUGGAGAUGGCACCAUCACCACCAAAGAGCUGGGCACAGUCAUGCGCUCUCUGGGCCAGAACCCCACAGAGGCAGAGCUGCAGGACAUGAUCAAUGAAGUGGAUGCUGAUGGAAAUGGAACGAUAGACUUCCCAGAGUUCCUGACCAUGAUGGCCAGGAAGAUGAAGGACACAGACAGCGAGGAGGAGAUCAGAGAAGCAUUCCGUGUCUUUGACAAGGAUGGCAAUGGAUACAUCAGUGCUGCUGAGCUGCGCCAUGUGAUGACAAACCUUGGAGAGAAGCUGACUGAUGAAGAAGUGGAUGAGAUGAUCAGAGAAGCAGACAUUGACGGAGAUGGACAGGUCAACUAUGAAGAGUUCGUACAAAUGAUGACGGCGAAGUGAAGGCCUUGUACAGAUUUCGUAUAUAAAUAAUUUGCCUUUUUUUCUUUGUGUAAUUUAUCUGUAAAAUCUUAAUAGCCCCUUUUGUCCCUGCCCCUUCUGCUGUCCAAAGGAACUGCAUGUAAACUGCAUAGGCUCUUGUCCCCAUGUCCCUUUCUUUUGCUGUCAUGGUGUUUUGGAGUGACAGAACGGUCAUACAACCAGAUGCCUGUGGAGGCCCCUUGGAGCUGGAGAACUUCGAAUCUUCCUGUCUUGUGUGCUCGGGGCCCCUCCACGCAUGGCGACAUUGGAAACCUGUCAGCUGGUUGUCACUUGGCAACACUGUUGGCAUGGAAACAAUGUAGAGGAGUUUAAACUCUGCAUGGACUACGGACAAAGUAUAUAUGGAAAUCUCUCAGCAUUGCACUACUGCAAAAAAAUUACACGGGUGUAUCUCCUAGGUACUCGUACAAACUCUUUUUGUAUCUGCUGUUCUAUAUACCAGAAAACGACUAAUCUUAUCAUGCUUUUUAAUGUUUUACUCACUACUUUUACUUUUCUUUAUUUCUUUUUUUUAAUGACCUCUGGUCAUGCCUCAAAUAAUUCAUUCCAAGUUGUAUAUUUUUGUUUUCCAAUAAAAUUUACAAUCUA